AAUGUGAGAGUGUUUUAAUUAAUUAAUUUCAACUAGUCAGAGAUUCUAGUCGCUAUACCGAGGAGUUUAUUUAAAAGGCACGUGUACCAAAGGGAUUGAAGAUAUAAGAGGUGUAGAAACAAGUUUCCAAGAUGUAUUCCAUGGACAAUCUUGAGUUAGACAUGAUGAAUCGUCAGUAUAUGUACGAGGCGCAUAGUUUUCUUGGAAAUCCUGCGAUUCCAGCUUUGCCGCCGCAUUGCGGAGCGCCCACCGCAGGUACACUAUCUUCGAUACCGUCGCAACUAGCUGCCCAUCCUGCUGGCAGUACCGGAAGCACUAGCGGUAGCGAAAUUUACUUGUACGACGAAAAUAGCAGUGACAAUGAGAGCGCUUAUAGCAGUGAUCAGGAAAAUCAUACCAGAGAUGCAAUAAUGAUUUCUAGACGAAGUCAAAGCAACAGAAGAAACGGAGCAACAGGGAAAAGUCCAAGACAGGCGGUGCAACAGAGACAAGCCGCCAAUAUGAGAGAGAGGAGACGUAUGCAAAAUAUAAAUGACGCCUUCGAGGGUCUUAGGGCUCACAUACCCACUCUACCCUACGAGAAGAGACUCUCUAAAGUUGACACAUUAAAAUUGGCGAUCGGUUAUAUAAAGUUCCUAAACGAACUCGUCAGAGCUGACAAGGGCAAUGACCCUCUGACAGGGAACGGUAGUCUCUCCAGGUGUUCCGGUCGAGAUGAGUCUAAGAAGGUUAUAGUUCGUGGCAGCGAAGGGAAUCCAUUCAUUUUCCAUUCCCUGUCCUGGUCCAGAAAGUCGGACAUUUCCCCAAAUGGAACAAUGUACGCGAAAGUUUGGACACCAGAGGACCCAAGAACAUCAAAAAAUAGCUCGACAUUUGAAUAAAGUGCUCAGGUCUUAAUUAUUAAGUGCAUCGAGUCUCGUGUUAUUUAGUAUUUAAGGACAGAAAUUUCUAGUCAAUCUUUUUGAUUUUCCUAAAUAAUGUAUUCAAUUAUACCAACAGAACCAAAGUUUGUUAACUAAGAAAAUUAUAUCAAUUAAUUUAUUUCUUGUCUCUAGUCGAUUUUAAUAUGGUGGAUAGUAUUAUUAAAUUAUUAUUGUUAACAUUAUUUAAUUAUCCUAUAUACAAACAGUAUUAGUCUCAAAAUUAAUGUUAAUGAAAUUUCAAAUGGAAUUAAAUAAGAAAUUCCUAUAUAACAUGAAGAGUACGAGUGACUUUUUUAAAUUUCUCUUUGAAGAAACGCCCAAACAAACAGUGAAUCUACACUAAAUAAGUAGAAAAAAGAUUCUGCCAGAAAUUCUUUUGUUCUCUAAGUAAUUAAUUGAUUUUUCUUUCAUCUGGUAGAAUUAAUCUCACCAUUGUACAUAUAGAACGUGUAAAAGAUAUCGUUUGUACGUGAAAUGUGAAUAUGCAACAGAAUGAUCCCAAUGUGGUCGCCAUUUAAGCCAAAUAAAGUAGAUUCUUCAA